UUGAGCUGUGACCCCGUUGUGGGGCGAGCGUCCGCCAGCUCCAGAAUGGAUCCUGAAGUUGCUGCCACCAUUGAAGAGCUUGAGGCAGAAAUUAAGAGAAAUCAGGAAGAAAACAAAGAAAAGUGGAAAUAUAAUUGGUUCAAGGAUGCUACGGAUAUAAAUUUCUGGGAAUUUAAAUACAAGAAUAAGGAAAUCAUCACCUGGUUUGAGGUUUAUGAAGAUGAUACUACUUGGGAUCAUUUGGCAGACAAACUGGGACUGAUUUACCAGGAAAUAAAGAACUGUUGGAAGCACAAUGGAGGAUAUCCCACUAGAGCUGUACUGGGGAGACUUGAAGAAAAGGCUGAAAAGAAAGAUAUGACUCUAAGAGAGGUGUUGGAGGUUCUGGAAGAGCUUGGUCAACAUGAUGUCUUGGAUUGUGUACCAUGGGAAGAAGGCAUGAAAUUGUUCAAGAAGGGUACCCAAAAAAUUGAAGUCUUGACACAGGGUUCAGCUGAUGAGGGAGAGCCCACGAGUCCCAGGGUGUCACCAUCCCCAAGAGAAAAUCCGUCACGCAUAAUACUAGAUGCUAAGAUCUUGAUGGUGUUUGCUUCAGAUGCUAGAACUGAGGCUAUGAGGGUUGUACAUCAGCUGAGGAAUCCACUUACCUCGAGAGGAAAAGUUGGUGUGUUGUUGUUGACUGAUCCAGAUAAUUACAUAGUUGCUCGUCAGCUGACCAUUGAAGGUUGCAACAGUAUCCACAAGUGGUUUAAGCAGGUGAAUUUCGUGGUUCCCGUCCUGUCUCCAAAGUUCUUACUACAGAUUCAAAAUCGGGAUGAUGACAACACUAACAAGGAAGAGAAACUGUACAAUCGUUUUGUGUACCGCUUGUUGCUGGAUCAUUAUGUCAGCCGAGGCAGCAAAAACUUGAAGUGCCGACCGCUCUAUCCUGUGGAAUUUAGCCGUCAAGUGCUGCAGAGUGAGCUGGUCAAGGAUAAUGGUCUCUUGAUGAUGCUUUGGAAGUGUUCCUCAGAAGAGUCAGUUGAAGAGUUUGCUAAGAUAAUAACCAAUGAAGUACGCCAAAGAAGAAGGUGAAGACUCAUUGGGGCCGUGUUAGGGCCAGUACAGUAUAGUAUGUGUCUAGAUAGUUGUACAGUAUAAUAUAACAGAGACUAUAUGAAGAUUUUAUUGUAUAUCAAUAUUUAAAUAUAAUAUUGGUGUGUUAUCUAUACCCUUUAUAAACAUUAUCAUCAUAUGACAGUUGUAUCGGUCCGUAGCUCUUGCUCAGUUUGUUACUAGGCUGUCCUGUAUCUAGAUAAUUUGUACAGUACAGCAAAGUUUGUUGUAUGAUAUCUUCACCAAGAAUGUUACUAUAUUUUGCCUAUUUUGUUAUCAUGAUAAUAUUAAUGAUUAGAAACUCAGCUACAGUGAGUCUUCAUUGUUUGUUGGGGAUACACUCCACAGAACUAUGACACACAGCAAAAUGAUAAAGAAUGGCCUUCAUGAGUCCAUUGAUUUUCAUGUAAUGCCUGGAAGAUGUGUUCCAACAAUCAACGUAAGACUGUAUUUUACCUAAUUUUCCUCAUUAUUAUUACAAUAUAAUACAGUAAUAUGUUACAAAAUGCAUCAAUAUUGUACCUCACCUUCUACACCUAAGUUUGACAUAAAGGCUUAUAGAUC